AUGCCUAGACAUUCCACCCAUUUCCCAUUAUCUCCCCAAGCCACUAUCCACCGCCAAAAUGAAGAUGAAUAUUGGUUUGAACCGAAGAAAUUCGGUACAGAGAUGCAUGAGAUUGUUCAAAAAAAUAUGUUUUCUCAAGUCUCAAGGGUCGCGACAGAUUUUUGGAAACAUGUUAAAGAACAUGAGCCAGAUUAG